AUGUCUCAGCCCACCGAAGAUAUCAAUACGAAAGCUGCAAAACGGGAGGAUGAUGACCAUGGAAACCAUCUUCACGCAAACCCAGCCAAUACAGAACAAACCACGACUACAACUAUCCCUUUUGAACCCAUUCAGCGGUUCAGAUUCAUCAACCACUUCCCACCCGUGGAGCCAUGGAACACAUACUCGAGAUUGACCGGCGAGUGUGGCUCAGCCAUCCAACGCCUACACAUGAAGGAUGUUGCUCGUAUGCCCCUGGAAGCAGGGGUUGAUCCACGCAACGGUUCCUUGGAACUCACUCUCGCCAUACGCCAGGCCAUACAGCCACACUUUGUGGGUUAUGCUCGGUCUCCGACAUUGAAGCAGACCUUUGCCCGUGCUAGUGAGCAGCAUCUCAUCAAUCGUUCCAACGGUACGACAGAGCGUCUCCCACCAUGGAUACAGUCUUCCAGGGCGGGGAUGGACAAUCGUGUUCGAACUAGCAAUUAA